CCAUGUCGUCACCUAAAACAUCUGAUGUUGGACUCGAAGAAGUCGAUAUAGACAUAACACUGCUGACUCUUAGAAAGCCCACGGAAUUGAAAAAAGUCAUCGAGUCUAUACCGAAACCUCAUCGAGCUGUUCCGAAAAAUGGAUUGCCACUCUGGUAUAGACUCGGUCUCGAGUGCAAAUUGCCCGUACCGAAAAUGCCAGAAGGGAAAAUCGUAUUUUCACGCGGGAAAAUCGGAGAAGAUGUACGGCGUCUUGGAUUGGGCAGCGGGCCGUGUCCUACAUUCGACUUGUCGGAUCCAUAUUGCUACAAUGUUUCGUACGAUUACGUUCCCGAACACGACCCACACUUGGCUCAUCAUUUCGCGCAAAAACCAGCAAGAAACAGAAUGAAACUACUAGGUUAUUGUACUAAAGACGGUAGAGCGGUCUGCACCUUGAAGGAAUUUAACCAUUACAGGAAGUAUCUCUACAACCAGUUUAUGGAUCGAAUCCAUAUGGUGAUGAAGGAGAUGGAUGAGCGAGCUCGUGACGACUUAACCCUCAAACGUGUAAAUGUGGACGUCGCACGACGAUUACAAAUCUUCACAAAAGCGGAGCGCGCGAGGGAGCAUCUUGAAAAGGUGGCACAGGAACAUGCUGAUGAGUGGGCGGAGAAAAAGAGACUAGCAAAGGAACAAGAAAAGAAGAUACAAGCCAGAAUGAAAUAUUUGGCGGAGUUCAAUGAAAAACAGCGCAAAGAACGUGCCGCGCGGGCGCACGAGAAACAAAAUCGUAUCAAGCAAAGAGUGCAAGCUGCGGCUGAAAUGGAACUCCGACGAAAGAUCACGAUGGUGCGGCAAUGGAGAACUAACGAGAAGAAGAGAUUAAACAGGUUAAAACAAGAAAGGGAGGCGAAACAGAAACGAUUGGAAGAUGAGGCGAAUAAUAAGUGGCAAGCACGAGUCGACGCUCAAAAUCAAAAAAUUCAAGAAGAAUCCAUGCUCCUAAAGCUAUACACAGAUGACAUGAAAGCCGCUGCGACAAGGAGAGCCAAGAAAGCAGAAAUAUACGCAUAUAAUACAGACUUGGAGCUUCAACGUAUUCGCCUCGCGAAUUUCAAAUUGAUGCACGGCGGUACUGCGAAAGCGGCGCAGCUUGUUAGGAAAAUGGGCAUUGAAUUUGAAAAGUCAAAACGUGGUGCGAAAGGAAUGAGUCCUGAGCUAGCCCAACGUUUAGCGGUUGAAGCGAUGUCAUCGGCUGUAUCCACUCAAGGAGAUGCGCUGAUGACCCUCGGACAGGCUCGGGCUCGCAUGGAUUUGGAGACAGUUCUACCAACAGCACCUAUUAAAUUACUGGAUGAGAUGCUUGAAAGCGCAGUCAUCGAAUUCGCUAGAAGACGCGUGAAUAUACUCCUACGUGAUAUUCAACGAAUGGUACGCUCGAGAGCUGCUCAGAUAUUCUUUCAAAACAUACGACCGUCAUCUUCGAAGAAGAGGUCAACAAAAACGCCUCGUUGGUCGAAACAAGUAGCGGCGGAGUUAGCACGUCAUUAUGUGGACGCACGUGGUGCUUCUAUAGUCUUCGGUGAAAUUGUCAACAUAGCUGCGGAUACCACCACCGACAUAGAUAUGAAGAGUGUAAAGGACAGACCACCCACGCCAGUGCCAUCCAAGACGAAACUAGCUGAAGUUACUUUCUCGGAUCGCGUGGAGGAUUUGCCUGAUCCGGUUUCUGUGGGGACUUACUUACCUGAAAGAAGGAAAUUGCUCGAGAUGAUAAAUGUCGCAGCUAGACUGAUGUCUCGAUCCGUCAUUCAAAAGGUACAAAACGGUAUGGACAUAACAGUGGGCACAGUUACUCUACCGCACAUGAGACAUUCGAUGGAAUGGGGUGAGGCGGUGGAGGGAUUGGCUGAAGCGGUUGUGGAUAACCGUAUACAUUCAGACUGUGCGGAUGUGAGACGAACAACCGAGUUCCUUGCGCACAGGAUACUGCGGUCGUUGCUGCUCGAAAUGAGACAGGAGAAACAGAAAAUGAGAUCAAGCAUGUCCGACGAAAAAAAGGACUUCUAUGUUCCUGGUCAAGUUAUAGCUGGCUAAAAAAUAGGCAAUUAAAUAAUUCUGUUUUAUAUACG